UGUUUUUCUCCGCUAACUAGUACCAGAUGACAUUUCCAAAUUAAAACAGCUGUUUGAAAAUUUUUAAUUUGUUUACGAUUUUCUCAGGAUAUAAAUUUUAGUAAUACAAUACAGGUCCUUUAAUAAAACAUGGAACAGCAGUUAGAGAAAGUUCUUAAUGAUUUUGCCUCCCAGCCGGAAACAGUGGGUGUGUUGCUGGCCAAUCGUCAAGGACUCUGUCUGGGAGCAAAAGGUCAAAUAAAUCCCAAUGUUUCUGGUAUUGGUAUGGCUAUCUCAGAGCAGGCGUGCAAACUGGAGCCCAACUUGAAUCCACCAACUAUUUGUCUGUACAGUGGGAACAAGCGUUGUAUCAUCAAAAAGGACGGUGAAUUAACUGGUGUCAUUUAUAAACAAAAACCUAACUGAAUAUGAGCUGUAAAGUGCCCUUUUUAUAUACCUACAUACUUACAUAUAUACUUAUAUGCAUAAAUAAACCAAAAUAACUAUAAAAGCAUGUGUAAAAUUUAGCAUAAACUUCUUUUGUAAUUAAAACUCUUAGCAAAGUGUAUAAAAUAUAGCUUAUGAAAACAA